AUGAUGGUUGCUGAUGAGUUUGAAAUGCUCAAGUACGUAUAUUUUUCUUCAAAUGCAUGGUUUCUAGCACUAACCAUAUACAUGCCUGUACUAGAUAAGGUUGUGGAAGAAGAAUAUGUUGAUCAAAAGGAGCCAUUGGAAAUUCCUGGGUGCAAAGCAGUUCGAGUCGAAGAUGUGGUUGACCCUAUGUUAGACCGCAGCAAUCAACAGUAUUUGGAGUACGUUCGCAUGGGGAUGGAUAUCCCAAAAUGUAACGGGAUUUUACUGAACACAUGGGAAGAUCUGCAACAUAAAACAUUGGAAGCAUUGAGAGAUGAAGAGCUCUUGGGUCAGCUUUUUAGGGUUCCGCUUUACCCGGUUGGACCAUUAAUGAGGCCAACCAAACCACUUGAUCAAAGAAGUGGUGAGUUAUUUCUCUGGUUGGACAACCAACCCAAUGAAUCUGUCAUCUAUGUAUCAUUUGGAAAUGGUGGAACUCUUUCCAUUGAGCAAAUGGUCGAGCUAGCUUGGGGCCUUGAGUUAAGUCGUCAAAGAUUUAUUUGGGUGGUACGGCCACCUACAAGAAAAACAAGAGAUGGGUCCUUUUUCACUGUAGAGAGUGGUGAGGUUAAUAGCAUGGCAAGCUAUUUUCCUGAAGGUUUCUUAGAUCGAAUCCAAGAUGUGGGUUUGGUGAUUCAAGAUUGGGCUCCUCAAGUGGACAUCUUGAACCAUCCAUCAAUAGGCGGAUUUUUAUCACAUUGUGGAUGGAAUUCGAUGUUAGAGAGCAUCAGCAAUGGAGUACCUAUGAUUGCAUGGCCAUUAUACGUUGAGCGACGAAUGAAUGCUGCUUUGCUAACUGAGGAGCUUGGUGUAGCCAUGCGAUCGAACAUUUUGGCAUCAGAGGGAGUGGUAGGAAGGGAAGAGAUAGAGAUGACGAUUAGAACAAUUAUGGGAGAUAAAGAAGGGACCAAAAUAAGGAAGAGGGUGAAGGAACUUAAAUGCAGUGCAGAAAGGACUUUAAGUGAAGGUGGCUCCUCUUCUAAUGCGUUGUCUCUUGUGGCUAAAGAGUGUGAGCUAAGCUGGAAAAGCCACAGGUGA